AACAAUAGCGCUCGGCGGCCGGCGGGGAAGCAGCGCGGGCGGGGAGCGGCGGGCGUCGUCGUCGCGCCGAGCCUCUCCCCACCCCCCCAUGGAGGGGUUGUACUCGCUGGGGGUGAGCGUGUACUCCGACCAAGGCGGCAGGAAAUACAUGGAGGACGUGACCCAGAUCGUGGUGGAGCCCGAGCCGCCGCCGCCGGCCGAACCGGAGCGCGGCCCCGCGCACAAAGGCGGAGCGGCGCCCGCAGGCCCGCGCCUCGCCGAGCCCCUCCUGGCCGAGAGCGGGCGGAGGCGGGGAGGGAGCCCGCGGACGGCCGAGGAGGACGCGCUGCCGCCCGGCUCCGGCCGUCGCCCCCGCCGCUCCGUGGCCUUCUUCGCCGUUUGCGACGGGCACGGCGGGCGGGAGGCGGCCCAGUUCGCCCGGGAGAACCUGUGGGGCUUUAUCAAGAAGCAGAAGGGUUUCGGCUCGGCGGAGCCGGCCGAGGUGUGCGCGGCCCUGCGCAAGGGCUUCAUCGCCUGCCACCGGGCCAUGUGGAAAAAACUGCCAGAGUGGCCAAAGACCAUGACAGGGCUGCCAAGCACCUCGGGAACUACUGCCAGUGUGGUCAUUAUCCGUGGCUCAAAGAUGUACGUGGCUCAUGUUGGUGAUUCAGGAGUGGUGCUUGGAGUCCAGGAUGACCCCAAAGAUGACUUCGUGAGAGCUGUGGAGGUGACACAGGACCACAAGCCAGAACUUCCCAAAGAAAGGGAGAGAAUUGAAAGGCUUGGGGGAAGUGUGAUCAACAAGUCUGGUGUCAAUCGUGUUGUGUGGAAGAGACCUCGUGUGACUCACAACGGCCCCGUGCGCCGCAGCACCGUCAUUGACCAGAUCCCCUUCCUGGCAGUUGCCAGAGCACUGGGGGAUCUUUGGAGCUACGACUUCUACAGUGGUGAAUUUGUUGUGUCUCCUGAACCUGACACAAGUGUGCACACAAUUGAUCCCCAGAAGCAUAAAUAUAUUAUCCUUGGCAGUGAUGGACUGUGGAACAUGAUCCCACCUCAAGAUGCCAUCUCCAUGUGCCAGGAUCACGAGGAGAAAAACUACUUCAUGGGCGAGCACCGCCAGUCCUGUGCCAAGAUGUUGGUGAACAGAGCGCUGGGCCGGUGGCGGCAGCGCAUGCUCCGUGCAGACAACACCAGUGUCAUUGUCAUCUGCAUCUCCCCGCUGCAGGAGGGCAAAACCAACUUGGAAAAUGAUGAAGAGCUGUAUCUCAACUUGGCAGAAGGUCCCUGCUACAGCAGCCCUGAUCCCAAUGUCAUGACUCCCUCUCGCUGCCGUACCCCCACUGUCAAGCUUUUAGAAGAUGAUCCAUGGCCACGACUGAACGCUUCUGAGCCUGUUCCUCCCCUCAUGCACAGCAACACGAUCUCAGAAAAAUAUUUAGAGCUGCCAAACGAGAUUGCCAAAAGCAGUUUCCCUUCAUCAGGAGCAACCCUGAAAGAUUCAGGCCCCCAGGAGGAGAAGAGCAGCAAAGCAUUGGCUUUGAGGACACAGGAAUCCUACAGCAAUGGUUUGUCAGUCAGCCUCUCCCCUUCCAACUCCACAAAUUCAGGCACGGACCAAAAAGGCUUCAAGGUGUCCCCUAACGGCCCAACAAAAACCCAAGACGCAGAGAGGACGCCCACAGCAAACUUUAAAAGGACAUUGGAAGAAUCCAACUCUGGCCCAGCUGUGAAGAAGCCAAGACGUGGCCUGAGUCGUGCCAUGAGUGGCCCAGCAGAAGGAAUCUCCCCAGCCCCGCAGCGCAAGAACUCGGCCAAGCUGACGAUGCGGCGCAGCCUGCGGGGCCAGAAGAAGCUCAGCAGCUCCCUCUUCCACCCACCCAGGAAAGCAGUCUGUGUUUGCUGAAGGGCCCCUCUGUGUUUUGGUCUGCUUAAAAUUGGGAAAGUUGGUGCAGAAGUUUGAAACUCUUCCCCUUUUGUGUUUUUUUUCUAAGUAGGAAACUUUUUUUUUUUUUUUUGGUAUCCAACAGCUUUAUCUCCCAGCCUUGUACUUGCUUGUAUUAUAAGUGUGAAUUUUGUAGAUGUGUAGGGUAUAAGUCACUGUAAAAUGUGUGUAAAUUUGUAUUCCUUCAUAUAAAUGUAGUCUCUUUUCUUCCUUGUAUAAUUGUUACAGCGGGGCUAAACCUUGUUUAAAAAAAAAAAAAUUCCUUUUUGUUAAUUUACUGAGGUCAUGAAUUUGUAUACGCUUCUUGUGAUGAGAAUUUCACAACUUUUUAACAAAAGUAAAUUAUUAAACAGAAUGGAAGAUAUGUAUUUUCGUAGUACUAUAUGUUCCACCUAAAGUGUGUCUUUUUAGAAUACACUAGGUCUAUAUUUUGUUUCUAAAUUUUAGAUUUCUCUACUCAGAAAUGAAAUGUACGUGGAAGCGGAGAUGUUGAGUCUUGCUUUACACAGCUCAAUGUUGAUUUCUUUCUGUCAAUUAAAAUACUAUGCAGUAUCUUACUUAGUGGUAUUUUUUGUAACAUUAAUCAUCAAAGUAUUUAGCAAAAAAAGUGUGUGUUUGGAUACUUCCAGCUCCCCAAAGCAUCCUAUGAAGCCAUUCCCAUCCCCUCUUAUAAAUGAUGGCAUUUUUACCCAGGCAUAACUGUAUGCCCCACAGAAGUAUGGAUUUUCUGCUAUUCCAAUACUGAUGGUGCUGCUAAUACAACUUUCAAUACAACUUCUUAAAUUAUUUGGACUCUUUUCAUUGAGUAUGUGGACCAUGUGUAUGUUCACUUCAAUAAAACACGUGAAAAUUUGA